GGCGCGGCCACGGUAGUGUAGAAGCCUUAUCAACCCGGAAAGUAGCUACAACAACCAGCACUCUUGGUGGUCCAUCAUGGCUUUAUCGCUCUGGGCGGCCGGAUGUGCUGGUGGCGUGGUGGCGGCGGGGCGCGACCCUGUGGCGGCGGCUGCAUGAGGGGCGGCGGCCAGCGGGUGUUCGACAGUUCGUGUGACGGGGGGCGCCGUUCCCCCGCCAUCCCCUACACUCCCCAAACACAACAGCCAUAUCCCUGCGACGUGGUCCCGCGUACACUCCCGGUGACCGCCACCGCUACUGCAGCGGCCGCGGCCGCCGCUGCCGCAGCUGCCUACGCCUCGCCCGUAUCUCCCCCCGCCUUCCCUACUGGCAUCCUUCCCCCGCCCAUCGGCACGCCCUUAGGCACGCCGCCGUCACCCUGCUACGGCGGCUGCAGCUGCGGCGCGUCCACAGCUUCCUCCCCGGGCGCGUGCCGCGUGCACGAGCGCGUGUUCACGUGCCCGCCGCCCCCGCCACCCGUCACGUGCGGUGCCACGGACCGUGAGAGUGUGGGGCCACUCACAGGGGGUGAUGGGGAGCUAGCCGUACCCAUUAACGAUGACCAGGAGGUAUGGCACCCUAGGGACGAUACAUCGGAAGAGAUUAAAGAAGAAAGUGUAAAGGAGUUGUUACUGAGCUUGCAGAAGCAAGUGUCGAUCAUGAGCCUGAACCUGAACGCCAAGAUCGAUGAGAUCCAGUGUCACCAGCACGCCGACACCAGUGCCGCCCUCCUCGCCAUCAGGUCGCAGCUGCAGGACCUGACGAAGAGCGUGGAGAGCUGCCAGAGCGAGGUGGUCGAGGUGAAGCGGGACAUGGUGGCCAUCAAGCACGAGAUCGACACCCUCCAAGCCGCCAAGGAGGAGAUCGAGGAGCUGCGCGACGCCGUGGACCGCCUCGAGGAACAGACCCGACGCAGGAAGAUCCGCCUCCUGGAGCAGGGUUUAACGUGCUUCUUGUGUUACGCCAUCUUCGCUGCUGUGCUUGGAAUGUUCCAGUUUGGCUACAACACUGGGGUUAUCAAUGCUCCACAAUCUGUUAUUGAAAACUUCAUUGGUGACUGCUGGAAGGAACGGUACAACAGGAACAUUGAAGGCAGCAAGCAGGAUUUGAUAUGGUCAAUUGCCGUAUCUAUCUUCGCUAUUGGUGGAAUGAUUGGUGGUUUCUGCGGUGGCAUAGUAGGAAACAGGUUUGGCAGAAAGAAGGGCUUACUCCUAAACAACCUUUUGGGAGUGGGAGGAGCAUGUCUCAUGGGCUUCUCUCAAAUGUUAUACUCUUUUGAGAUGCUCAUCCUAGGUAGAUUGGUCAUUGGCAUUAACUGCGGUUUGAACACCUCGCUAGUUCCCAUGUACAUCAGUGAGAUUGCCCCUCUCAACCUACGUGGUGGGCUAGGAACCGUCAACCAAUUGGCUGUCACAGUAGGCCUGCUCCUCUCACAGGUUCUUGGCAUUGAGCAACUUCUUGGGAAUAGCAAUGCUUGGCCUCUUCUCCUAGGUCUUGCCAUUGUCCCAGCUGUGAUGCAGAUGGUGCUGCUGCCAGUGUGUCCAGAAUCUCCACGCUACUUGCUCAUGUCACGCCAGUUAGAGGAUGAAGCACGAAGAGCCCUAAGGAGACUGCGUGCAUCAAGUCAUGUUGAGGAAGAUAUUGAAGAGAUGCGAGCAGAGGAAGCAGCAAGCCAGACUGAAGCUCACAUGAGUAUGUUGCAGCUGGUGCGUUCAUCAGCACUGCGCAUGCCACUCACAAUUGGCAUUGUUAUGCAGCUCUCCCAGCAGUUGUCAGGCAUUAAUGCGGUGCUGUAUUACUCAACAUCCUUGUUCACGGCUGCGGGUCUGGAAGAAUGGCAGUCCAAGUAUGCUACUCUUGGCGUUGGGUCGGUGAUGGUUAUCAUGACCCUGGUGUCCAUUCCUCUCAUGGAUCGAGCCGGGCGACGUACGCUUCACCUGUAUGGCCUCGGUGGAAUGUUUGUCUUCUCCCUCUUUAUCACUAUUAGUCUCCUUAUUAAGGAAAUGAUGUCAUGGAUGACCUUUAUCUCUGUGAUAAGCACCCUCUGCUUCGUCAUCUUCUUCUCUGUGGGUCCUGGCAGUAUUCCGUGGAUGAUCACAGCUGAACUCUUCUCCCAGGGCCCGCGUCCAGCUGCCAUGUCCAUUGCUGUUCUAGUUAAUUGGCUGUCAAAUUUCCUUGUUGGAAUUGGUUUUCCAAAAAUGCAGGAGGCAUUUGAAAACUACACCUUUUUGCCAUUUAGUGUCCUACUCGCAUGCUUCUGGGUGUUUACAUACUACAAGGUGCCAGAGACCAAGAAUAAGACCUUUGAAGAAAUCUCUGCAAUCUUCCAAAGAGGGGUUGACAGUAACUUCCAUGCUGUCACGAGCAGCAAUCACCUGAGCACUUUGAAUUGUGUUAACACCUUGGGGUCGAAGCCCAUGGAGACCGAGCAUGCGGCACUCAUCCGCGAGCUCUCGGGCCGGGCGCAACAACAGUCACCCUCAGCGCGCUCUGACAGGAGCGACGGCGCUGGUGGUCAAGGAAGGCGGGGGAGUGAAGGCAGCGAGUCUGUCGGGGGCAGCAGUAGAGCUGAGAGCGGAGUCAGCAGCUCACGUGCAUCCAGUCAAGCAUCGAGUCGAGCGGAUAGCAGCGCCAGCAGCAGGCAGUCUGUUAUUGCCCAGACCAUGCCACACCCCUCCGAGCCGCCUGUAUGACUAGAGGCUACCACGCGGAUGUGAGGACACGCCCCGGGCCCAUGGCCGCCUCAGGGUCGGCGGCCUGAGCCCUCUCCGGCCCAUGUGGUGCCGGAGGACCAUCCUCCCGCGUGGCACUCGCUCAAACCUCGUGCCAGGGAACCCUCGUGGUCUCCAGAGCCGCCACCUUCACCCGUUCGCGGGCCGCAUGGCGUGCUUCCCCCGACGAGGUUACGGGCUAGUCAAGAGACCCUGGAAACAACUAAAGACUGGCCACCACCGCCUCCAGGAGUGGAACUAGAUCAGCUUGAGGCACCUCCUCCUCCUCGCGCCUUCAUGCCUGGCACCUGGUCCCCUCGGCCCGAGCAUCUACCUCUGACUGCAGCAACAGCUGUGUCGGGAAGUAGAGGCGAUCCCCGAAGCCCUGGUGCACUUGCAGCUGCAGCUGUUGCAGGUGGUGGACCAGUAAUCUAUGACGAUCAUCAUCUUGUGCGUCAUGCAGCUGACUGCCCUGCUCACAGAUUAGUAACAAAGCAAGAGUGUGACCGGUCAAGUAGUCGACCUGCCAGUCGGCCGAGUAGCCGGCCAGCUAGUCGACAAGGAAGUAGAACCACUAGUCGACCAGCAAGUAGGUCAGCUAGUAGAUCUGGAAGCAGGUCAGCCAGUAGGUCUGGUCACAGAUCGGGUUAUAGCUCGCCUGGAAGUGAUCUGCGCUAGGGUCGCAGGUUCCUUGGGCCCUUAGCGGCCUUCUCCCCCAACGAGUCACUGCCCUAUACACGUGGUGUGCAGCCGCAGCCGCAGUGCAGCAGCUGCAGCUGAGCAUGUGGGUGUCCCUGACAGACGACUCACUCCGUUACGCUUGCCCCAGCUUUCUUCAUGUUUGUUGCCUCUAGUGAUAGCUGGAGAUGGAUGACCUUCCCACUAGUUCAGCGGGUCUGUAGACAAUCGAGGGAGCGACGUGGCGGCUGUCCUGCAAAAGUGCCACCCCAUGGUUGGACUGGAUGCGCUUGGGGUGAAGCCUCGCGCUUCCCAAAGGCAAGGAAGGACGUAAUAAAGUCAUGACUGUUACCACAGACACAUAAGUGCUAAUGUCAGCAUGCCAGUAGUGGAUUGUCUUUGACAAGACAGCAAUGACCCAGAAAGAAGGACACCAAUAUCUCCAAAGUGCCAGAAAUGUAGAAUUAGUGGACGAGUUCGCUCAAAUAAUGUUUUAUCAAAACCCUGGAGAAAUGUUAUUAGUUUUGGCAAGCAGUGGAAGACAAAUAUGGUGAAAGUCAUGACUGAUGUGGAAAUUAUUAUAUGGAAAAGUCAGAUGAAUAUUAGAUGUGCCAGAAGAUAUUUGUACUUGGGGAAUGCAGUGAUAUGCCGUCAAAGUGAACGCAAAUGUGAGUGAAUCGUGUCAGCCAGACACUGAACAUUACCAAGUUAAUUUUACUUGAAAUAUGCAUAAUUUACAAGAUGCUUUACAAAAGUGGAAAUUGCUUGCUAAGGAAUCUCUAGGUUUUAGAAUUUCUGAUCAAACAGUAAUAUAAAUACUCAUUAGUUACAAUGUGUUGUUGGCAUUGUUGUUUAGUCAGACUAACAGGAUCUGCAGAGGAGCAUGGAUAGGAGACCACCUAAGAGAUGGGCAGAUGACCGCACAAACACGCAGUGGUGAGGUGGAUGUGGUGCAAAAUAGUAAAUGCUCUUGCCACAUCCAACACCAUUGCUAUCGUGAUGGGUAGGGCUUUGUGCAACCACACCCCUUCCGCAUCCACCUCUGUUCUGAAUAGAUGUGGAUGGUUACCGAGUAGGGGGCGACCUUGCCAUACCCACCACCGCAGCUGAUAUACAAUGAGAGGGUCCACCGCCACCACCACCACCUUAAUCUCUGGCCAGUCGUGGGCUGAGGUGUCACCCCACCCACCCACUUGGUGCUUGAUGGCCUGGCAGUUCCUAACAGGGGCACUGGCCACCCACUUAGAAAGCUUGGCUGCCUUUUCCUAGACACAUUUCCUUGUUCACUUGCUCAUUUGAACGUGUAACAUUUGUGAGAUGAGAAUAAUAAUAAUAAUAAUAAUAAUCCGGUGAAAUGCAACGAUGGUUUGCAAGGUGAAUGUUUGAAGCUGAAGAAUAUCAUGAAAUAGAGUUUAUAUAUUAAUAUGGCUUUGCAGUUUCUUGAUGAUAAGCAUAAUUAUUAUCAGGUGAAGCGGUCUAUGGCAGCAACACUUGUGGAGACCCAGUGACAUCCUCUUAGGCAGCCUUGGCAUACAUUUCUACGUAGGCUCAGUGAUAAACAUUCCUACAUCUGUAAAUCUCUGAUAAGUUCCAUUAUUUACUUCAGCUGCUAGAUACUAGAUGCCAGGGAGGGGAAUCAAUGUUCCAGGUGAUAUCACUUUAAACACUUGAAAUAAAAAAAACGGUCCAAAAUAUAAUGUAGGUCUCUACACUACACUAUUCAAUCUGUUCAAAUAUAAUUGAAAUGUGAUUGAUGGAACCAUAGAGUUUCACGUACUAUAUGCAAGGUGCUCAUAUAUGUUCGUUUUCCUGAGAUGUUUUGAUAUGCAAGAAUGCCAACCAUUCUACGGAUUGUUUUCUUUCGAUACUUGCCACUUUAGGAACUUUCAACAAUCAUUGCGUUCUAUUAAUGGGAAGAAAAUAGCAUAUAUAUUAAGAUAUUUCAAGUUUGCAAAAGAAGGUUCAUUCAUUCCCUCCCCUCUGGUUUGUUUAUAGUGGCAUAGCAUAUUUUUUAUAGGAUUUACAAAUUAUGAAAGGUUCCAGAUAUAUCAAUAUAUGUAUAUAUAUAUUUAUAUAUACUGAGUCCCUUUACCUCAACCCUCACCACUGCCACCAUGAACAGGACUUGUGGGUUAAAAUAUUCAUGACAAAAGCGUAAGUAUGAUGUACAAUUUUAAUAGAUGCCACUGUGAUGAACGAUAUGCAUUUAUGUAAAGAAUACAAUUAAAGUACAUGAAAAAAUCAGAAUACAUACAAUUGUAGCUACAUUAUAUUCUACCACAAGGGAUGGUAAACAGAGCUGUUUGCAUAACAUGGACCCAAUUCCAGGACCCAUAACAGACCACGAAAGAAACUCAUCAUGCUUAUUGAUCCUUGUCAUGGAUAUCGAAACAGUGCGAUAUAGAGAGGCAGGCAGCACACGGCUAUGUGUUGUCAAUGGUGGUGGUGGUGCUGUGGUGGCGGUGGUGGUAGUGAUGGUGUGUGGCGUGAGCCCCUUGCGUGGGGAAGCACUACCCUCUCAGUGCCUGGAUGAGGGUGGCAGAACAACUUAUGCCUGGGUGUAGGUGGCACUGUGGCCGUAACCUGAAAUGGGUUAACGUGAUAGCUUAGCUGUGAAUAUGUUUUCUUCUUUUCUUUUCUUCUUAAUUACUCGACACUUGUAUUUUUUUUUCUUUUAUAAAUUAACACAAAUAGCAAAUCAAUAUAUUGUCGAGAAAUAGCCGUUUUUAUCUUGAAAAUGGAUCUGUAUGAAAGUUGUAACUGAAUUAGAAAAUGUCAUGUUAUUUAAUCUUCAUUUGUAGUUUACUUCACAACGGGAUGUACAUGUGGCAUCGCCUCCACUCAUGUGCAAGUAGAUUGUGCCGUGAAUGAGCUUGAUAAUGUCAGUACCAUAGCCAAUAUAUAGAUUAUGGUGUAAUGUCUAGAUUUGGAUUAUGGUAUUUUUUCUACUGUUGAUUGGAUUACUGCUCUGCAACAUGAAUUGAUAUCUUUUGUUUAAGAUAUUCAAGUAUUUGAUUGUGAAUGUAGACUUCCAUUAUCAGUGUAUGUUCUCAUUUAUAGACUGUAACAUUACUUCCACCAGUGGAUUGUGCAGCUGUAUGAUAAUUCUUAAUAAGUCAAGCCAACCUUAAAUUUCUACAUUAGUGGCCUGUGUCACUACACUUACUAGAGGGUCGUUCCAUUUCACUUACGUGAGGAUUGUGUUACUUUACUUCUCCAAAGAUUGUGACACUUUUAUUAGGUGAGAUUUAUGCCUCUAUCCCUGGCUGAGGACUGUGUCGCUACUCCUUUUUCAAAGUAUUUCGCUUCUACUUCCUAAUUGAGGAUUGUGCCACCAUCCCUACGUGAGAAAAACUGCCAGUGCUUCUUUCUGAAGGUCGUAGCAUUACUCCUAGUUGAGGGUUUGUUACUUCUUACUGAGGAUUGAGCAACUGUUCAUUGAGGCUUGUGCCACUACCUUCAACAAAGGAUUAUAUUUUUUACUUCUAAUGGUAAUUAGAUACUACUACGUCUUGGUGAGCAUCCGCCCCAUGCCUAGGACUGUGUCCCGACUGAAUACUGAGAAUUUAUGGCUGUUCUUGGUACUGGAUUGAGCCACUGUUCGUAGUUGGGGGAUGUCCCACUUCUUUUGCUUCUUGUUGAUUCGUAUAUUCAUCUUAGUUCGAAUGCUCUGCAACCUAAACUGACGUGUACCAUACAUACAUAACCCCUGAAGUCAGGUAGAUAAAAAUCCACGUGAAUCGCAAUCCACAUAGUGACAGACUAACUGUAUAUAACAAAUUUUAUCGCUGUUACUCUUACAUGUGAACCCUCUAAUUUUCUGUUUCGCUCUCGCUUAACUUUAGGCUCAAAUGAUAACUUUCUGUUUUUUAAUUUGUGUUAAGUGCCUCCCAUACUUUAAAAUCAUGAUAUCUAAGCUGCGAAAGGAUGGCAAAGGCAAAGGGAGAGGCAGUGAGGCUCUUAAAUAUCUGCUGUACUGACUCUUUCUCCGAGCAGUCCUGUUGCUUGAGAUCGUUCUCGUUCGCUCAAACAUUUUGGUUAUCUUUGAGAAUACCUACCCCUUAACCAUUUAGUAUUAUACCGAAAUAAACUCAGAAUUCAGUUAGAUAAGUACUAGUUUAGCUGUCGAUGUAUUCAGGAUGCUGAUAUAGGAAAUAUGCACUUUUUCUAUAAGGUUCAAGUAUGAGGAGUUCAAAGAGCACGCAUAUUGAUAAUGAAUCAUGUUAUUAGUAAAAUGAAGUUAGGCUAUUAUACUAAACAGCGUUGGACGAUCUUCAGACGAUUCUCUGGGAUUAUUCAACCGUUUUCAUUGUUUAGUUUUUUUUAUUCUUGUUUCAAAUCUUACCUCGUGAUAGCAUUCCAUGCGUAUUUGACAGCAAUGCCCCUGUCGAUACUUUAUGUUUUGCGAUCAGAACGGUUUGCAUGUAUGACUCCUUGGUGGCAUUAUUACACUUUUCAGUUGUGGAUUUUUAGGCUACUUCUCAGGCUGCAUUUGAAGUUAUGAAGUUAUAAGUAUGGUUCAUUGCGACAGUUUUCUACCCCCGGAUCGCGGCUUCGCUCCGGCUAUGGGCUGAAUUCUUCCUCCAUGACGGGAAUAUUCGUAGUACUAAUACUUCUUAAUGCAGAUUUUAACAUAUUCUGAAAUAACACAUCAAAAUAUUUUAGGUGAUAUUACUAGCGUGAAUCUGUUAAGAGUAUCUUGCUACUGAUCGGUGGGUUCAGGUUUAUGGUAACCUUAAUCACAGUAGUGAUAAUGCUCACGUUACCUUGUCACGGGUGGUAAUAUUAGUUGCAUUCUAUUUUUUGGUGGCAGUAUUUAUUAAAGCCUGUUGUAAGUAUACUAGCUUCUUUACAAUGAGUGUGUGUUACUGCUGGAUUAAAGUGAGUGAAGAAAUGUAGGCUGUUGCGGUUAAAGACAAUCUGUAUCCGGGCAUUUUUCAAGAGUCAGUCAUGUGCAAGCAAUACAAUCCAGACUACUUGUUAAUGAGCAGCUGUUGAUGGAUGGGUUAUAGCCAUAGGCCUAUUACCUAAACUGAGUGCCAAUCAUGUGAUGGUGGUGGCAGUGUAGCCUAAGCCAUGAGGUAGAGUUUGUUCUGCCUAUGCCUUACACCCAGGAGUGUAGUAAUCUUGCCAAGACUAGUGCUCCAUGGAACACCUAUGAUCCAAAGUAUUAUUAAUGUUUCUUAUAAGUGGUUAUAUUGUCUUUCUCAAAGACACUCGAAUGUUGACAGUGUGAAUGAAACUGUUUGGUUCCCUGCGCUCGCCCCCGCCAGGGUUGAUCCGCCCGCCGGCAUUGGUAAAUCGUCAUCAGCAUCUUAGGCCCUGCAGUCUCGAGGGACGUGCGGACAGCGACAACAAAACCAUAACCAUUUACCAGUGACAUCAAUGAUGAGUGUGGUGGGCGGGCGGUGGCGGCUGGGGGCGGGGCAACAGUCAGACGGCGGGCAGGGAGGAGUACAUCGUGCCUGUCCUGGGUGGCUGGUACAUUACUUUAGAACACAGUUUUAUUCAUUGUAGACAUAACAGUGGGAACUCGUUACGUUGUAGUGCACCAGCUACCUACGUCAUAGUGACUGCCCUGGUGCCGCCCCAUGGAGCAGCCACCGCCACCCUGGUAUGGAUGUCUUGGAGAGCCACAGUAGCAGGGCAGCGGGACGGCGGGGGCGGCGCGGCCCUGCCCUUGCUCACUAGCGCAGCGGAGGUUUGGUGAGCUAUACACAGCCACACCAGAAGUGUAUAGCCCGCCACACUUACCACACCUGAUAGUACUGAUACUGCGCCCUGUUUAAAGGCUACACUACCCACAGUUUGUAACCUGUUACUGAAUAAACAUUGUAUGUUCUUCUUUCAUAAAAUCC